ACAUCGACGAUGUGUCAUUCUACGAGAUGCGAGUUCUCACUAAUUGUAAAAACCAAGUCCUCUAUACUGCUGCCAUAAUGCGACGAAUUAGUACCCAGUGCUUCGGCACUAACAAGAGCGUGGGCGUCAUCGGUUUGGGCCAAAUGGGCGGACGCAUGGCCGACAAUCUCCGCAAACACGGACACAAACUCGUCGUGUGCGACCCCGUGCCUGCCAACGUGCAAAGGCAGGUGGACCAGGGAGCGAAAGCCGCUGCCAACGCCCGAGAGGUGGCUGAGCAGUGCGACACCAUCAUCACCAUGCUGCCGUCCACCGCCACCGUCGAGUGUGUGUAUCUGGGUGAGGACGGCGUGCACGAGGCAUUACGCAGCGAGCAUUUGCUGCUGGAUUCGAGUACUAUCGACCCGAUCUUCACCAAGAAGCUGAGCAAGGAGCUUCACGACCGCGGAGCCACGUUCGUGGACGCUCCGGUGUCUGGCGGCGUGGCGGGUGCUCAGAACGGCACGUUGACGUUCAUGGUGGGCGGUGAACCAGAAGAAUUCGAGCGUGUGAAACCGGUGCUGAAGGCGAUGGGCAAGAACCUGGUGCAUUGCGGUGGAAGUUCUACGGGUCAGAUUGCCAAGUUGUGCAACAACCUGGCUUUGGCUAUUCAAAUGGCGUCGGUGGCGGAGGCUAUGAACCUCGGCACGACGCUGGGUAUUGACCCUAAGAUCCUCAAGAACAUCAUGGACACGUCCACGUCUUCGUGCUGGUCUACCCUUGUCAACCACCCGUACCCUGGUUUGAUGGAAAACGUGCCGGCGUCUAACAACUACGAAGGAGGCUUCGCUGUGGGGCUGCACCGUAAGGACUUGGGACUUGCCAUGGAUUGCGCCAAACACGCCGAAGUGUCGAUCCCACUGACCUGCCAAGUGCACCAGCUCUACAACAUGAUGGUUGCCUGUGGCUACGGCAAAAAGGACUUCAGCUACAUGCUCCAGUACCUCAAGAACGGAAAGUAAAGAUAAAAGUACGCAGGCGUACUAUAUGUCAAGUGAGCAGUUUGCAGUUAAACCUUUACAAAAAGAAAUGAAAAAUACUGUGAAGGUCA